CGCCAUUAGGUUGAUUUAUUUAUUAAGGCUCUAGGUACCUUAGGUACCUAACCUACCUAAUUUACAUUCUCUUCUAUUCUAUUCCCAACAACUUUUCUUCAUUUCUGCGACUUCUUCUUUUCGCAAACAGUCGAGAUAGGUCUAUCCCAUCCUCAACUGUUAUGCCUAAGAAAAGACACAAUAACAAAUACUCGAAACCGCCUUCAGUAGCGCCACCGUCACUUGCCUUGUCCUCCUCGUCGAGGCAAACUUCUGGUAAAUGAAAUGAAUUCCUUAAAAGUCCUACCAAACUCCGAGCGUGCGCGUCAUCCUAACAGCCAGCGCAUAGAUCAGCAUGAACGAUCCGUUAACCAGAUCCUCGCGGACUUGCGACGGACUAGCUUAAAGCAAAAUGGCACUUCGAGUAACUUUAACGUAGCCACCACUCCCACCGUUCCGCCUUCCAUCCGCCAAAUCUUCCAAAUUCCCGAGACACCCGCCCCAGCGCCCAGACGGUCCCUACGCCUCCAUGCGCAUGGCCGAAGGGCACCCCCUGGUCCCCCGCCCCCACGCAGUUGGGUGUCGCUAGCCCAGUCGCGACAUGCCCCCGCAGACCUAGCAAAAGACCUCGGAGGGCAUAUCCAGCACUGGCCCUUACCAGGCAUCUACAGCCCCGCAGAUGGCAGCUUCGUGGAUCAGUUGCUACGGCGGAUGGCCUUAGACUGGGAGCAGCAACGGCAUUGGAAUCAGUUCUAUCUAUAUACGCUACCUAGUCAACUACGGGUAGCCUUGAUCAGUUGCGUCUCGGAGCUUUAUGGACCAGGAAUAUCUGCUAACGACCUCCGACUGAUCCUUGCCGGCCCCGCAGAAGAGGAGCUCGCCCAAUACGAGGUGGAACAGCCUGACCUCAAUAAACUGAAUGAAGACAUAUUCUACUUAGAUCUAAGUGGUUCGGCAGGAAGAUCAAUAUCGUUGAAAGAGCUAAGCGAGCUGCUCUUCCCCCAAGUCCCGGUCGAGGUUGACCUUCAGGAAUCUUGGGAGGCUCCAGAACCUGUUUCUGGCCCGUUUAAGCUCUUACCAAAUUUGACGCAGUUAUCUCUUGCUGUCGAACCCGGGAAUGCACCGACUGCUUCAUGGAAGCAAUUACUCUCACUAGCUACCAAGUUGCAGACAAUUACGCAUCUCGAUCUGUCUGGCUGGCCAGAGCCAUCUUUGACACCAAAUGCGAAAUUUGCGAAAGUCGCAUCGUCAGUAACUGGACGGACUGUUCAGUAUGGCGGUACUGGGCCAUAUAGUCACAAUUUAGACGGUGACUGGUCGGAAGCGAUCUUGGUGCUGAAGCGUCUGAGCAAGUCGCUGUAUAGCCUAGAAUACCUCGAUUUGACUGGGUGUGGGGAUUGGUUCCCAGCUCUGAGGAAAGAGGCGGACGGAGAUUUUACUAUCAAUUUCGUCGACUGGGUGGGUGAUUGGGGGAAGAUUACAACCCUGAGGCUUUGUUCCGGGUAUGCCCUUUCGGACGAUGCAUCCAAAGGUCAAAUCCUCCGACUCGCAGAUUGGAUAGAGUCUGCAACGGCAGUAGAGAAACAUAUUAGAGCACAGCGGUCUGGGAGGGGACGCUGGAUCACGGUAGAGAAAGAUACCCUUACGGAUGGUGCGAAGGCAGUCGUAGAGGCCGAACGACGCGGAGCAAUGUCAUAAUCCGAAUAUACCAACCUACCUCCCAUCUAACGUACCUAAUAUACGCAGAGAGCGGAUAAUGCCUUACAUAAAGGGACUAACAAUUCGUUUUCAAGAGAUGAUGAUUCAUGUGCCCUAUACUUGAACUACAUAACGUAGAGCCGUAUAGGGUGGAUUACACAAUACUACGAAGUCGUUUUGAAACUUAGCAAACCAACAUUACUUUAUGGCUCCUAAUCGCUGUCAAAAGACGCUCGACUAUGACUAGAACUGCCUUAUUCCUAGCAAAUAAGUAAACGAAUCAGCAAUCGACUGGCUACAAGGUAAAGAACCGGUUUUACAGGGCUACAGGGGUAAACUUCUGUGAGGGUCGCUUAUGACGAAACGCUAAUGAACAACCAAUCAUACGAACCGACAUGGACUAAAGGAGGCAAAAGUUCAAAACUACCUAAACCUAAGGUACUCCGUGACGCAACUUCCCUGCCCAUGUAGAUGACAAGGGACCAAUUGUAGGUGGACGUAUGCCGAGCAGAUAUCAACUACCAGAGUCAAUCAAGAUGUGUUGGCGUUUGCAAGUCAUUCAAUUUAUGCAUAGAAUUUGGACGAAUGAAUGAUGAUGGCCUUUUUUCCCUUUCGGAGUUUUUGUUUGGGUGCAUGAUGCAUGUCGCGAUAUCAAAGCUGUUGUCCGAUGGUCAUAGAUUAGGUACUUAGUGAGGAUUAAGGCACUACAAAACCUUCGUGAAUUACCCA